AUGACCACAGGCUUCCUUUUUCAGUUGUCUGUUCUUAAUGAAAUGUCCACUGGUGGUCCACGGAUAUUUACAUUUGUGAUGUUGGUUGCUUAUUUCACGACUUUCAUACGGUACAGGAAAGCAGAAUCAGUUCGACGAAGAGAAUUGAUAUACAGUGAACCCUCUCUAUUCCUUAUGUCCCUCGCUGGUAAUGAUACAUCAUUCGUACUCCUCAAUCUAGAUUUUUGA